AUGUCGAAAAUUACAGUCGCCGGAGUGCGCGUGAACGUCCAACAACUUCUCGACUACUCUCUCAAUGAGAAGAAGCGGAACUUCCUCGAGACCGUCGAACUCCAGAUCGGCCUCAAGAACUAUGAUCCCCAGCGUGACAAGCGUUUCUCGGGGACCAUCAAGCUGCCCACCGUUCCCAGACCGAACAUGACAAUCUGCGUCCUGGGUGACCAACACGACAUCGAUCGAGCCAAGCACUUGGGCGUCGACGCCAUGUCGUCGGACGACCUGAAGAAGCUGAACAAGAACAAGAAGCUGAUCAAGAAGCUGGCGCGCAAGUACGACGCCUUCCUCUCCUCGGACUCCUUGAUCAAGCAGAUCCCCCGUCUUUUGGGCCCCGGUCUGUCCAAGGCCGGCAAGUUCCCCACGCCCAUCUCGCACGCCGAGGACCUCUCGGCCAAGAUCGUCGAGGUGAAAUCGACCAUCAAGUUCCAGCUCAAGAAGGUGCUGUGCAUGGGUGUCGCCGUGGGGAACGUGGGCAUGACCGAGGACGAACUCAUCAGCAACAUCAUGCUGGCCAUCAACUACCUGGUCAGCUUGUUGAAGAAAGGGUGGCAGAACGUCGGCAGCUUGACCAUCAAGGCUAGCAUGAGCCCGCCCAAGAGACUCUACUAG